GUAGCUUAGCUAUGCCACAACCAUUGGUACCAUUUAUUGAAUAACAGAAACAAGAUUGCAGGGAAUGGGAGGUUGCUGUUGUUCUUCAAGGAAACCUCAUUUAAACGGAACGCCCGUUUAUUAUUAUGGCGAAAGUUGUGCUUUUCGGAAUUGUGCAUAGGAUUCGGAACUAGCUAGAGUUUUAGGAUCUCUCUUUGAGGUUUAAACUGGGUGGGGUUGUUAUCAUACAAGAUGGCGUUUUUGGUUUUCCCCAUUUGCUACAGUUUAUCCUCAUAUAAAUGCACUGCUAUAGAGAUAGUUUUGAAGUGGAGCUGGGGUUAUUUAAUGGCUGUUACACCUGUGAAAUGUUACACUUUGGUGUUCAAUCAGUUUGGAUUGGGAAAGGAAAGGCUAUUCUUGAGAAUGUUUUAUGCGAUAAUGGGAGAAUUUUAGGGUCAACGUUGCACAUAUAGGGGACAGAACAUGUUAUAACUCAGUUGUUUUAGCCAUGAAUAUAAGCUUAAAAACAUGCCUCUAAUUUUAGCUUUCUAAUUCUUGCACUAUUUCACAAUCCGUUCCUUGAAUGACAGCAAGCCAAAUAGAGAAAAACCUUGAUGCUGUUCAAAAGUGCCAUUUGAUUGAUCAAUUUUUGUGAAUGAUUGCUUAAUUGAAUUGUAAUCUAUAGGUUUGAGGGAGCUUUAUUGUUGAGAUUCUGUAAGAGAACUGAUGUAAGAUGCAAUUAUAAAUAAUUCUUAGAACAGACUGAUACUCAAAGUUUGUAUUCUGCACUUUUUUUCUACUCCAUUCUACAAUGACAUAGCCUAAAACUACUACCACUUCAAGCAAAAUAUCUUGAAAAUGGGCUCAUAUAGGUUCUUUUGGCUAACAAAAUAUCAUCUUGAAAUUUAUAACAUCCUUGUGCAGUGUCCGCCAGCUUUGGAAGAGCAUGUCUCCUUAACAUCUCACAAUGUUGCAGCCUCUGCAUUCACUGCAGGUCUCCUUGUUGAAUUGAAUUUGAAUACAUCAACGCCUGAUACUUUCCGCCCCCCUCCUGUGCCUCUGCCAUAUGAUGUGGUUUUGGGAUGUCCACAAUCACCAGAUUCUGAGUCUGUUAGGGAAAUAAUUAGUCGCAGUAGUUUUGAAACUUUGGCAACAUGUGAAGAUCUUGAAGAAUUGGACUGCAAAACUCAUGCUAGUUCAUUUCUUUUCUCCCCAAGGAAGUCAGACGUGAAAAAAUUCCAUGAACCUGUUGCAUCAGCAACAGAAGAAGAUGCUUGUCCGAUAUGCCUUGAAGAGUAUGACUUGGAGAAUCCAAAACACAUCACGAAAUGCGAACAUCAUUUUCACCUUUCCUGCAUUCUAGAGUGGAUGGAAAGGAGUGACAUCUGCCCCAUAUGUGACCAGGAAGUAAUAAUUGACCACACCUACAAUUAGUUGCUGUCUAAUGCUUUUUGAGAUGGAGGUUUUUUUGCUGUUUCAGUUAACAGCUUGCCAACUUUAGUGGGCUGCGGAUGGUGUCAAUUCUGUCUCACUGCUGGCUGGUACAGUGCCCACAGGUUCAUUUUUAAUUUGGUCUUGCUUGGUUUGAAGGGUCAAAUUAUCAUUUUGUGUGGCUCCUCUUGAGAAGUUCAGUGGUAGUAAAGGAAUGAACUUUUAGGACUAUAUAGAAACUGGUUUUCCUCUGUUUGUGCCUCUAUAACCAUGUUAAUACCUCGGUUGCUAGUUAUGAAAUGGAUCUGCAGAUAACUACACGGUUGUUGGAGGGAGUACAUGCAAACCAUGUACCUUCAAGUUAAAAAGCAAAUGGUCAGUGCUGUCUUCCAUGUUGUUUUAGCAUACUAUAUUUCUCUUUCUUUUGCAUAUUCUUUUCUAUUUGCUUGUUGUAUGCUGUGUAUAGUUGUUCUUUUAAAAAGGUAUACUGUGUGAAUUCAGAUUGACAUGGCAUUAGAUGUAUGUCUACUGUUUAAUUUUAAGAAAAAAUCUUGUAUCA